GCCGCCCCUCUUCUUAUCGUGUGGCCUCCCCCAUCCAUCCAUCCAUCCCCAGCUGAAGCUGAAGCCACGCCACCGCGGCGCGAGCCUCCCUCUCCUCCCGCUCGUGCGAUCCAUAGAGAGAGGAAAACGAUCCCAGAAACCAUCAAAAACGAGGGAAAAAUCAGAGCGAGACCGAGACCGAGACACGCGCGUUACAAGUCUCCAAAGCCAGCCUAUCUCUCCAACCCCUCUCCCCGACGCAGCCUCUCCUCCCGUCCACUCCUCCUCCCCGGUUUGGCCGCGUCUCCUUCCUCCCAUCCACGUCCUGUGCUCGUGCUGCUAGCUGCUGCUCCACAUCUCCUGAUCUCCCACACGAGGUAAAAAGGGGGGGGGGAAAUCUAACAAACCACGAAAUAUAAACACGCACGCGCGCUAGUACAAGGGUAGCUGCUGCCGUCGAAGCUAGCGCCGUCACUCGUGGUGCGUUCCCUUUCUGUGGUAACCUGCAGCUGCACCACCUGAGACUGCUAGCUGGGAGAGUCACUUGCGGGGGACCAGCAGGGAGACAUGGCGCUGACAGUGUUCGAGACCAGCGAGCAGCAGCAGCAGCUCCUCCCGUGCCAGCAGGGCGGCGACGGGGGCAAGGCGGCGGCGGCGGCUGGCGCCGAGAAGGCUGCCGCGAUGCUCAAGGAGACGGACCGCGACGGCGACGGCGACGGUGACCGCCCGGAGAGGGCCGACAUAUGGAACAUGAUCCAGGCGCAGAAGCCGCCGCCCGCGCCCAAGCAGGCGCAGGCGCCGGCGGCGUACGUGCACCCGCUCGUGCGCCGCUCGUCCAGCCUGCUCACCCAGAAGAGCCUGGAGAUCUGCACCGAGAGCCUCGGCUCCGAGACCGGCUCCGACGGCUUCUCCGACGCCGACGGCUCCAGCACCGACCGCUCGUGCCCGGGCUCCGACGACGAGCGCGAGGAGGAGGCGGUGGCACUGGCACCGCGCGCGCCCCCGCCCAGGGCGUUCCCGCCUCCGCUGCCGUCGCUGGCGCGGCGCAAGGUGGAGUCCACGAUGGAGAUGAGGCAGGAGCGCCAGGACGGCCGCCUGCUCGUCAGGGUCGUCCCGGUGGCUUCGUCCACCCUGUUCCGCGCCCAGCGCCGCGGCGGGCGCCUGCUCCUGUCGUUCGCCGACACGGCCUCCCCGGCCGCGGACGAGCUCGACGGGAAUCGCGGGCAGCUGGAGCCCGAGCAGCUGGCCGACGACCACGACACCCACGAGGAGGACGAGGAAGAAGACGACGACGAGGAGGAGGUCGAGGUCGUGGACAGGGGCACCGUCGUGGAGUUCAAGGUGAGCACGCAGCCGCAGGCGCGCAGCGGGAGCGGCCCGCGCGUGCGUCGCUCCUCGCUCGUCAUCAACAAGUUCGUGGGCGCCGAGCCGGCGGCCACCUGCGACAUCAACGGCGCCGCCGCGCCGCCCAGGCCCCCCAGGCGCUCCACCGGGUCCACUACCACGGCGGUCGCGGCGCUGGCCGCGGCCUCGGUCCUGAGCGCGACCGCGCCUCCGCCGGGCAAUGGCGAGGACGCCGUCCCCGGCGCCACCUGCGGCGAGAACAAGCUCCUGAUGACGGCGAAGCGCCGCAGCAGCAAGGAGGAGCUGCUCAACCACAUGCGCCGGUGCAACCAGCUGCGCGGGCAGCUCUUCUUCUGGGAGCCGCGCAUCGCCACCUCCUCCUGAGCAAGAACCCCGACCGUCCGACCGGCCGGCCGGUGUCCGCUGCCGCCGCUCCUCCCAUUCAUGCUUCGAUCAACGAGUGAUUCUCUGUUCGUCUGCCGCAGGUGUAACGUACGUAACGUAAUGCUGCUGUUGUUAAUUAGUAGUAAGUGAAGAUCGUCGUCACGUGAUUGGCUUAGCCGUGUGUCUUGUGUGUGAGAGAGGUGAGCUAUGGAGAUGGAGAGAGCUUAGCCCCCAUUGGUGGUUUGGCAUGUCACCUCGCGUGCCCUGCCUCUUGUAUCUACUAGUCUACUACCAUUUACGUUGCUGCUGCUGCUACUGCUACUAGUGACCGUUGUUCAUGAUCGACUGAGAUCGACGUCUCUGAUGCUCUUUCUUUUUUUGAA